AUGAACGACUAUCCAAUGGAUGCGGCGCCGCAGUCGCUCUCGGAGCUGCUGCAGCAGUCCAAGAAGCUCACCAACCAUCUCGGGCGCUCGGACCUGCCCCAGAUCCAGCUAGGCCUCGACCAGAUCGAGAAUCAGAGUCGCAAGCUCGUCUCCAAGAGCCUGCGCUCCGGCUCCACCCAGCCCGCCGAUGCGCGCGCACACUACUUUCUCGCCAACGGAGGCAUCGAUGCCGCUCAGCUCGCCGAUACCAUCAAUGCGGCCAACAUCGCGAGCACCUUCGAGCCUCUCCAACCCAUCUACGACACGGAUGUGGAAAGCUACCUCACCCACGAGCACCAGCAGGUCGUCAUCAGCGCCAUCGAGCAGGGAAGGCGUGAGACGCUCCAGGACUUCCACCGCAACCUCGACCGCACCAUGCACCGCGACUGGGAGAGGCAGAAGCGCAAGAUCUUCGAAGAGCUCGGUCAGCAUCAGCCCGCCAGCGCUGCCGGUCGCGAUGCGGAUCUAGACGCUUCCACUUCUGGCUUCGGCGCCUCCACUUCGGCGCACACGCUGCCCUCGUCGUCGAGCACAAUGCUCGGGUCCAAUGCCACCUCCCAGAUGCACGGCAAGAUGGCGCGCUACCUCAUGGUGGUGUCCAGGCUCAACUCGUCCCGACUCGAAGGGUACAACCUUGCUCUGGCACAUGCCUUCAUCGAUGCCAUCUCUGGCCUGGGCGAAGAGUCCAAGAACAAGGAGCUCAUCGAGAGCUGGAAGGCGCUCGCCUCGAUGGUGCGCGAGCAAGACGUCCGCAACGGCGAGUUCGGCGCCAGGCUCAUCAAGGAGCGCCAGUAUGCCCCUGCCUACGUCGACCUCAAGGGCUGGAACGGCACCGAGGGCAUCCACCUGCGCAAGGAACUCCUCCAAGGCUCCAGGGCGUUUUUGGAGAAGGAGUUCGAGGAGCACAUGGAGCAAGUCAUUGCCGCCAACCCCGUCAUCGCCCAACGCGGCGGAGCGCCCACGGUGCGAUCGACGGUGAGCGCCUUCCUGCGUGUGCAGCAUCUGAGCUCGCAGAACCAGUGGCGAUCGGACCUGGCCAAGGAGCUCGAUGCGUCGACCAACGUGCCGAUCUGGGCGGAGCUCUACCUGCUGCUGCGCAUCGGCAAGACCAAGGAGGCGCUCGAGUGUGCGUCGGAGAACGAGAACCGCAUCCGCUCCACCGACCCGUCGUUCCUGGCGUACCUCAAGGCGUGGGUGGACUCGCCGGAGCGUCGGCUGCCGCGUCUGCUCAAGGACCGCUUCGUGGCCGAGUACAACUCUCGCUUCCGCACGCUGCCCGAGGUGCACGACCCGUACAAGCUGGGACUGUACAAGCUGAUCGGACGCAUCGAUGUGGCCAAGAAGUUCCCUGCGCUGCUCACGUCGAGCAUCCAGAACUGGCUGUGGCUGCAGCUGAGCAUGGUGCGCGAGACGUACGACGAGGAUGGGGAUGCGCAGGACUCGGUGCGCGACCGCUUCACGCUCGCCGACCUGGGACACAAGGUGGAGAAGUUUGGCGAGGCCUACUUCGACCCCAAGGGCAACCGGCCGCUGUUCUACUUCCGGCUGCUGCUGCUGUGCGGCCAGUUUGAAAAGGCGGUGGGCUUCCUGUUUUCGCGCUCGGCGCACCAGGUGGAUGCGAUCCACUUUGGCGUGGUGCUGGCGUACUACGGCCUGCUGCGGGUGCCGUCGCAGGCGGCGUCGUCGCAGGUCGAGUAUCUGGUGGUCGAGUCGGACGCGCAGGGCGGGAGCGUUGCGUCGAUCGACUUUGCCAAGCUGGUGCAGCGGUACGUGCGCACCUUUUCGCAGUCGUCGCGCCGCGAUGCGCUGCAGUAUCUGUACCUGAUCUGCCUGCACGCGGAUGUGGCGGAGCCGGUGGGCUCGGAGCAGGUGCGUCGGUGCCACGAUCUGAUCCGUGCGCUGGUGCUCGAGGCGCAUCCGACCGAAUUCCAGGAGCUGCUGGGCGACGUGCGCACCAACGGCGCCAAGACGGCGGGCUUGAUCGAACGCAACCUGCCGCUGAUCAAGAUCAAGAACGAGCGCGAGUUCCUGUCGACGAUCGUGCAGGUGGCGGCGACGCAGUGCGACAUGGCGCACCGCACCGAGUCGGCGAUCCUGCUGUACAACUUGGCGGGCCAGCACGACACGGUGGUGGCUGUGCUCAACAAGGAGCUGGGCGCGCGGCUGAUGGAGCCGAGCAGCGCAUCCGAGUGGAAGAGCGAGGGCCUGUCGUCGGGCGCGUCGUUCUCUGCGGCGAGCAACGUGGUGACGCUGGCGACGGCGAUUCUGUCGACGUACGAGGCGCAGUACGGCUAUGCGGGCAAGAACCGGGACACGUGCCGGCGGUUGCUGGAGCUCAAGAAGGCGGUGGGACUGCAGAGCGAGGGGCGAUAUCUGGAGGCGCUGCAGACGAUCGAGGCGCUGCGGAUCCUGCCGCUGGAUGGCGAGUCGCGCAAGGACGUGGUGGCGAUCACGCGCAAGGCGGAGGAGUUCAAGGAGGUGGACGAGAACAUUGCGCGCAACUUUUCCGAGAUUGUGCUCAUGACCAUGACCAUGCUGUACAAGCUGCACCAGGAGCUCAAGGAGAGCAUCCACCGCAGCGGCACGAGCGCCAUGGACGAGUACCGUGCGCAGGCGCGUGCGCUCAUGAUGUGGGCGGGCAUGCUGCGCUUCCGCAUGAGCAGCGAGACGUACAGCCAGCUGACGCGACUCGAUGUGUUUGGUGCGCGUGGAUCCAUUCCUCCCACCACCCCCAUCCUCGUCAACCUCGACCUCAACCCUCGACGAACAAACACAUCCGGCGCCAUGUCGCACAUGAUCGCCUCUGCCAUGUCGGUGGCGCAGCAGACGCUCGGCUCUGCCUCCACCGCCAACGACUCCUCGGACCACCAGCCGGGUCUCUCGCCUCCCCUCUCGCCCGUCGGUGAACAGGACAUCGAGCUCACCGCUCCCACUCCCGCGGCCGCCCGUGCCUCGCGCCGCCCCGCUACCGCUCCCAACUCGCCCAUGCCGCCUCACCUCCAGUCCUACCGCAACAACCUCGGCAACGACAUCACCAUCGACGUCAACAUCGGCCCCAGCACCUCGUCCGCCUACGCGCGUGCCCAGGGCAGCGCCGCCUUUCACCACGCCCACAAGCACCAUCCCCACUCGCCCUCGCCCUCUCGCGCUCCCCUCCCCUCCACCGCCGCCCCGACCGAAGUUGCCGGUCCAUCGGCGGACGGCAAGCCCGCGCACCUCGCCCACCCCUCGCAGGAUACCGAGGCGGCGGCAGGCCCUUCGCGUUCGCGCGCCAGCUCGCUCGGCUACGGCGGCCUCGCACCCGCCACGCCCGGCGGAGAGACCGACCCGCUGCUGCUGCGUUCGCGCGUCGUCGAAGAGUCCGAGGUGCGUCGACGCCACUCGGGCAAGGGCCGCAACCGCCGCGACGAGCGCCAGAUCCGCGACUUUUACGAGGCGCAGAACGAGCACAUCGAGCGACUGCUCAAGCCCAUCUCCGCACACGCCGACGAGGACAAGCAGGACCGCGAGUCGUCGGCGCUCAAGGUCAAGAUCGCCGUAUACGCGUCGAUCGGCGCCAACUUUGUGCUCGCCAUCCUCCAGCUGUAUGCCGCCGUGAGCUCGCUCUCGCUCUCGCUCUUUGCCACCGCGGCGGACUCGGUGUUCGAUCCGUUUGCCAACCUCGUGCUCAACUGGCUGCAUCGCAAGAGCGAGAAGGUCGACGAGCGAAAGUGGCCCAUCGGCGGCUCGCGCUUCGAGCCGAUCGGCAACAUCACCUAUGCGGCGCUCAUGGGCAUGGUCUCGGCCAUCCUCGUGGUCGAGUCCAUCCAGGAACUCGCCACGGGCGAUGGCGACAAGAAGCUCUUCAUCCCCUCGCUCAUUGCCGUCGGCGUCGCCUUUGUCACCAAGGCGAUCCUGGCGAUCUACUGCUAUGGACUGCGCAAGUACUCGUCGCAGGUCGAGGUGCUCUAUCAGGACCACCGCAACGACCUGUUCAUCAACGGCUUUGGCAUCUUCACCUCCGCGGCGGGUGCGACGAUUGCCGGGUGGAUCGACCCUGCGGGUGCGCUCAUCAUCUCGGUGGCCAUCAUUGUCUCCUGGACGCGCACCGCGUUUGGCGAGUUCAAGACGCUGGCGGGUGGUGCUGCGCCGACCGACUUUUUGCAGCUGGUCACGUACAAUGCGGCGCUGUUCAGCGACGAGAUCCAGGCGAUCGAGAGUGUGCGUGCCUACAGCUCCGGACCGCGCUACAUUGUGGAGAUCGACAUUGUCAUGCAUCCCGAGACGCCGCUGUGGAAGAGCCACGAUCUGAGUCAGGCCCUCCAGGACCAGCUCGAGUCGCUCCCCAUGGUCGAACGCGCCUUUAUCCACGUCGACCACGAAGUCGAACACGCCUUUGAACACCGUAAGAACAUCUAG